AUGUCGUUCCCGCCUACGAAGCCUGCACCCGCCCCCUCCGUGAAACCAUCGCUGAAGAAGGAGACGUUCGGCAAUCUCGGCCCCUGGGCUGAGCCAUCUUGGUACUCUUCGCUCGCGUCACCCUACUACAACGAGUCACACAAACAGCUGCGCAAUGCCCUGCGGACGUACAUUGACGACAAUGUGAAGCCGUACAUGUUGGAAUGGGAGGAGAAGGGCGAGGCACCGGUAGCAGAGCGCAGGAAGUGGGCUCACUCUGGCUUCGCGUUUGGAGACGUGCCUGAGCCAUACAGGCCGCGAGAUGUACCAGGGCCGGCCGGCAUACCUGUAGGGGAACUGGAUGUCUUCCACCUGAUGGUGUCGACAGACGAGGGCAGCCGCAUCGAAGGUGGUGUGGGCACUGCUCUUGGCGGUGGAAGUGUGAUCGGCGUUCCGCCCAUCGUGCACCAUGGCACCGAGGAGCAGAAGCGCAAGUGGUUGCCGGGGCUAUUCACAUGGGAGACAAGCUUCUGUCUGGGUAUUACGGAACCGAGUGGUGGCUCCGAUGUCGCCAAUCUACAAACGACCGCAAAGAAAACCUCCGACGGCCAGCACUAUAUCGUGAACGGCUACAAGAAGUGGAUCACGGGCAUGCCCACCGCGACACAUAUGACGACCGCUGUACGAACAGGUGGCCCAGGCAUGAGCGGCAUCUCGGUCAUUGUUAUCCCCGUCAACGCGAAGGGCUUCACGUGGCGACGCAUACCAAAUAGCGGACAGAACGGCGGCGGUGCUAGCUUCGUCGAAAUGGACGACGUCCAUGUUCCUGUUGAGAACCUCCUCGGCAAGGAGAACGAAGGCUUCCGCAUCAUUAUGACAAACUUCAACAAAGAGCGAUUCAUAAUGUCAAUAGGCUGCAACCGCAAGGCGCGGACCUGUCUGUCUGAAUCGUUCAGCUACGCGAAUAAACGUCACACCUUUGGCAAGCCGUUGAUUGCGAAUCAAAUCAUCAGCCAUAAGCUUGCGACCAUCGGACGGUACGUGGAGAGCCAUUGGGCCUGGCUCGAGCAGCUUGCGUACCAUAUCCAACAGUCACCGCUAGGAUGGCAAGACCCCGAGAUCGCUGGGCAGAUAGCGCUAUCGAAGGUGCAUGGCGGUCGCAUCUUGGAGAUGGCGAACCGUGAGGCACAGCAGAUCUUUGGCGGAGCUGGGUAUCAGAAGGGCGGGCCUGGGGCUAUUGUUGAGCAGAUGAGUCGCGAUCUUAGGAUGAUGGUGGUUGGUGGUGGCAGCGAAGAAAUCAUCGCCGAUCUAGCUGUUCGUCAAGAGACUGCGUUGGCGAAAAGGAGAGGCUGGAAACUCUAA